AUUGGUCAAACUGCGAAAGCCGGGACGUGACAACUUAAUUUGUUGUCAAGGGUAUUUGUAAUUGUUGAAAUAUGCAUCAGUGCUCUCAUAAAAGAAAUUCUUGAGGGUAACAGAAGAAACGAAGGCACAAUGCUCUGAUGAUACUUCAAAGAUUGAAGUAUGCGAAUCAGUUUCAGAAAGAUAAGAGCGCGAAGCCACUACGUCAUUUAAUAUCUGGGAGUAGCUUGGAGACAGCCUGAUAGUCGCAAUUCCGACUACUUGAAUCGGAUCUUGGUAUGAGGGUCCGGUGCUAAGCUGGAAAUAUUCGGGGCUUGAGGGAAGCACCUUCUUUACCCGAGAAACAGCUUUGCCAAGGGACUGAGGACGUUUAUAUGAUCCUAACUGGGAAAUACAGAAUAUCUCUUCAAGUAUGUCUUCAUUAUCUGUUGAAGAUAUCAAAACAACGGGGACAAGUUUGUCCCCAGAGGAUGAGGUCAUGAAGGAACUGGAGUGCCCAGUAUGCCUUGAUUUCAUGUAUGAGAAUAUACGUAUGUGUGAAGCUGGACACAACAUAUGUUUUGGAUGUUCUGACAAGCUAAACACAUGUCCCCUUUGUAGAAAGAAUAUGCUUGUAGGGACGCGAAAUAGAGCACUGGAGAAAAUGGCAUCACGAAUGACUUUCCCAUGUCGAUACCACACUGCAGGAUGCUCUGAAAGCUAUCCUGCAACUCUGUUAAGUCAGCAUUUGCUGGUGUGCCCUCGUCGUCCUUACUCUUGUGCAGUAGAUGCUGCAAAUUGCAAUUGGAAAGGUCAACUGCAUCAGAUGGUUUCACAUUUACAAGAGGAACACCAUGAGCAGCUCUGGGCAGAACAGAGUGUGACAUUUGUGUACACAAAAUUUGAUGGUACAAAUAUGGAUGUGCUGCAUGUGCUGGGAGGAGAAAUGUUUCUUAUCCAUCGUCGCAUUGAUACAACCAAACAGUUGUUUUAUGCAACAGUCCAGUAUUUGGGUCGAGAAGAAAAUGCAAAGCAGUUCAAGUAUACAGUGAGGAUUUUUCGCCUUGAUGGAAGAAAAAGUGUGUCCUAUCAAGAUAUGACAUUUCCUGACACACAGAAUGUCGACACUAUACUUGAAUCUGCCAAUUGUGCUUGCUGGUGUAUGGACUUUGUGCGAAGUUUCAUAACAAAUGGUGAACUGUGGUGUACAGUUGAAGUUUCCUAUUUGUAAGGUUCAUGUGAUUCUGACUACAUAGUAAAGUAACUCAGUCUUUAAAAAAUUAACAAAAGAAAGUUCUACUACCUUUGUUAACGUUAAGCUAGGGUGUUUGAGAAUAGAGCCAGCUAAAAGACUAAGUAUAAUAUGUAUUGUAAUUAAAAGAGCUGUGUUCUAUAUGGUAUUUCUGUAUGUUGUAUAUGAAUGAUUUUCUUAUGCAUUUGUUAUUACUUGAGUUGUCUCACCAAUACAUUUCUGUCAUGUUGCAAGGACCAGAAAAUUUAUAGCAUUUGAUGCUGAAUUCUAUAUUAUAUGUGGCUCAAAGCCAUCUGUUGAUUAAGAAUGUGUGUUAUUUUCUUGAGGCAGUAUUUCUAUAUUGAAACUGUUGUAAAUAUAGAUGGAUGUUCAAGCUGAACACAAAGUAUUAAUGUUGUGACUGAAUAUUUUGGAAUAAAUAUAUUUUAUGUAA